CGUCAAAAUCAGGUUUGAAUUGCGGGCCGUGUCUCCCGCUUGUGUCCAUGGCAUGAUGUGCUUCCCAGUGCCACGCUUCAAAAGGCAGGCGUGCCCGCGUCGUGUAGACUGUAGAAAGACGUCCGCAAGAUGAUUUCCAGCCCCCUCCUUUCCCUCGCCCUCGCUGGCACCGCCCAAGCAGCAUACUCCUUUAAUCCCCUCGAGCAUCUCGCCGGCAUUGCCCCAUAUUUCGAGAGUCCGGUGCUCGACCCCAAGCCGCCGCAAGGCUGCAAUGUUAGCCGCGCCGCCUAUCUUGUACGCCAUGCUGCCAUCUACGCGAACGACUUUGAUUACGAGGAGUACAUUGAGCCUUUCACCGACAAGCUCGUGAACACAACUGCAGACUGGCGCAGGGCGGGUCCUUUGGAUUUCCUGGCGACAUGGCAGUCGCCUAUCACCGAAGAGGAACUGGAGGAUCUGACGACUGUUGGCAGACUUGAGGCGUACAAGCUGGGCGUGGAUGUUCGCCUGCGCUAUCCGUCCUUCAAGGCGCCUAAGCAGGUGUGGACGUCGACGGCAGAGCGGACUGAGCUCAGCACAUCUUCGUUUAUCGACGGAUUGUCUGGAUCAAGCAACAAGACGGAGCAAGUUUCGGUGCCCGAGAGUGAAGCACGUGGUGCCGAUUCGUUGACGCCUUACAAGGGCUGCCCGAAAUACAGCUCUUCCUAUGGAAGCGACCAGUCAUCAGAAUACAAGGAGGUCUACACAGCACCCAUCAUCGCGCGUCUGCACGACCUCGCCCCUGGCUUCAACUUCACUGCGGAUGACAUCGUGGGCAUGCAAGAGCUUUGCGGAUAUGAGACGGUCAUCAGAGGAUCGUCGCCCUUCUGCUCCCCAGAGCUCUUCUCUCCAAACGAGUGGCUUGCCUUCGAGUACAUGAACGAUAUCCAGUACCACUACAACGUCGGAUACGGCAACCAGAUCUCAGGCGUCCUCGGCUUCCCAUGGUUGGACGCCACGACUGAAACUCUCUUCAACGAGAGCGCCGAGCAAGACAUUCACGUGUCGUUCACCCACCGAGAGUUGCCACCCACGGUUAUUGUCGCCCUUGGUAUUUUCAACAACUCUGCCUUCUCUGGAGCCAACGACGUAAACGCCACUAUGCCGCUUAAAAUGCAAAACUACGGACGCGCCUGGAGGUCUUCGCUGAUCAUUCCCUUCUUGACAAACAUCGCUAUUGAGAGGAUGACAUGCGACUCUUAUGGUUUCGCCGACGGCGAUUACGUCCGAGUGCUAGUCAACCAGAGCCCUCAACCGCUGCCUUGCGCUGACGGGCCGGGUGAGAGCUGCUCGCAAGCUGCAUACCAGAAGUACAUCCAGGGUAGAGGCGAGCUCUUCGGCGGUUACACCGAGAAGUGCCAGCCUGAUUACACAAACUCGACCGACACACUGAGCAUUUACAGCUCUUAAUGAUAAUACGUUAAAUAGUUUAAUAUUAUACCCCUUUCCUCGCUCG